UGAACGAACCAUAUUUUUUGGAUUAUUUUAAACAUAAUUGAAUUAAUGAAAAUGAGCCCCCCCCCACUUUUAGAUUGGUGUCUCAACCCCUGAUAACGGGUUUGAUGAGAGGGAUGCCUACAUAGGAGGAAUGUUUGGUGCUGGUAAGUUACUGCAACAAUGAUAAUGUAAGAUGCAUUCAUGGUAACUGUUCUUUUCACCAUAGGAGUAUAUUUUGCUGAGCAUUCUUCAAAAAGUAAUCAAUAUGUAUACGGAAUAGGAGGAGGCAAUGGUAACUAUGUUCAGGGCAACCAAUGGUUGCCCUGAACAUAAGAACAGAUCCUGUUAUACUUGCUUGAGGAAGCCGUUAUUGUGUAGAGUAGUGCUUGGUAAGCCAGUGGAACAAUACACUGCUGUAAGGAUAGCCCAUGCAUCUCCAGGACACCAUUCUGUUAUUGGUCAUGGAUGUCAUUUUGUAAGAACAUUUUGAUGAAGCAGACAAAGAAAAAUCUGGAUGCAUUGACUAUAAUGGUUUUCAAAUGUUUCUUGAUAAAUUGGAGUCAUUUGAUGCUUGUCUAGCAAUUGAUAUUGUUACCUUUAUAAAUAAAACAGGAAAAAUUUCAUUUGAAGAAUUGCAAGGUAUGUGCAAAGGGAACAGUGGCUCUACCAUGCCUCCUUCACCACUUGAUGACAUCUUAUCUUCAGCAACUGUACCAAUCCCUGAUUCUCUUUCUGGAUAUUGGACAAGUAAAACUGCACUUGCAGUUAUGAUGAUAUUUCCAGUGUGCUAUCAGGCAGGAAUGCUUUUUGACCUCUACAACAAUAAUACUACCAAGUCUACCAUGGCAAAAUUUUGUGGAAUGUAUGAUCAGCUAGGUGACAAAGCAGAUGGCACUUUAGGAUGGACCAUCCAGUGGGCAAAGACAGCAAUGUGAGAUAUCUGGAAAGCUAUGGAUGUUUGCUAUGUAGAUUACAACUACUGAGUCUAAACAUAAAUCGCCAAUGCCCCUCACAGAAAAAGACCAGUUCAUAAAAACUAGAUCUAUUUAAUUAAUUGAUCUUGUGGACUAUAGAGUAGAGAAGUGUAGUGUUAGAAUUAUUAAAAUAAUUAUCUAUUUUAACAAACUUUAAAUACAAUAAUUAUCAUAAUGAGCAUAGCUGCAUAAUCCCUAACUAGUAACAAUCAAUUGAUCGAUUGAUCGAUCAUAGACCACAAAUCCGUAUUCUUUGAGAUUCUCUAAUGUAUUAUCAUUACUGCUAAUUUUGAAACAAACGGCCCUCCAUAGUAAAGCCAUAGAUACUGUAUACACAUGGAUACGAAACUCCUCUAU